ACUGUGCAGUCGAGUGUUUUGCUCUGAUGGAUCAUGUGGUGCUGCGAGAGGCUCACAGUGCUCGGCUCGUGGCGGUGAGGAGCGGCUCUCUGUCGGACACACUCACAGGUAGAAGAGAGGUGUCAUGAUGAUAAAGUGAAAAGUGAAAAUGUGGCAGUGGAUGGUCAGUGUGUGGAACAGUUUGAGCUCACUGCUGUGGUGUCCAGCGGAGCGGGAUGUGUGCUCUGUAAAGGACCUGUGUCAUAAAGGCAGACCACAGAUAUGCACAUGGAGGCGGAGGCUGUGAUUGGCUGGCAGCAAGAGAGGGCGGAGCUCCAGAGAGAGGUGUGCCGCCUUCAGGUGGCGCUGGCUGAGACCCGGGCCCACAAGGACGAGCUGGAGUCGAAGACCAAGGCCCUGGGCCAGCGGCUGCUGCAGAGCAUGUCGCUACUCCCCCUGGAGGAGGAGCACAGGGACUGCAGGAGGAAGAUGAGGGAGUGUCGGGAGAGAGAGGCGCGCCAGGCUCUGCACAUCCACCGGCUACAGAACAAGGUGGUGGAGUACAGAGACAGAGCUCAACAUCUGGAGGUCCAGGUCCAGCAGGAGCAGACUCAGCUGGUCAGCACAGAGCAGAGACUCCGGGACCAGCACAGCCACUCUCUGGAGAGUGCCCUCAUCAGGCUGGAGGAGGAACAGCAAAGAUCCCAGGCUUUGGCACAUACCAACGCUCUACUCCGAGAGGAACUCAGCCAAUCAGAGCAGAGCAAUGCCACCCUAAGGGAGGACCUGGAGAAGCUGACGGCUGAUUGGUCCAAAGCAGUAAAUGAGGCGGAGCACUGGGAGGCUGAUUGGCAGACGCAGAAGGAGAGCAGUGAACUGGUCCGGACUCACCACCAGGGUGCGCUGCUGUCCCUGUGGAGGGCUGUGGUCCUGCUCAAGCGUCAGUGGCACUCGCUCAGGACGGUCUCAGACAGGGACCUGUGGCAGCUGAGAGCGGACUUGUCUCGUCUGUCCACGUCAGUGCUGUCCUCUUGUAACUCACUCACUCUCAACCAGAGCUCCUUACUACCUGCUCUUGUGUCCCUGUCUGCUGUUCAGGCCCCUGCUGCCACCUCUUCCCCCCAUGUCCUCACUCCCUCUGCUCCCUCUGCUUUGCCCCCCCCUACUCUGUCCUCCACCGUGGUGGCAGACUCCUCUCCCCCUCCCCGCCCUGUGUCCCCUGUCUCGGUGUCCUCCGUCUCACUGGGGACAUUCCAUUUGGACGAGCUGAGCCCUGCUGAAGGUGCACAGGUCCAGGAGGACUGUGAGUUAAAGAAGCUGAAGGAGGACCUGAACAGCACCUCCUUGUGUCUGCUGGAGCACAGGCAGGAGUGUGCCAGACUGAGAGAAGCCCAGUCCAACCUGCAGGCUGUGAGUGCCGCGCUGCAAGGCCUGACCCUCUUUCAGAGUUGCCUGUCAUGUCCUGUCUCCUCUGAGGAUCUGUCCUCUCUGCUGGGAGUCAUCAGUCAGACAGAGAGCGCCCUCCAACGGAACCAGCACCAAGUGCAGGCUCUGGAGCAGCUUGUCCAUGGGCUGGAAGAGGAGCGGAGCAUUCUGCAGACAGAGCUCACACAGAGGGAGGAGGAGAGGAGUGCUUUGGAGGCCUCUCUCACACGCCUGCAGUCAAAGCGCACACAGAGGGAGGAGGAGAGGAGUGCUUUGGAGGCCUCUCUCACACGCCUGCAGACAGAGCUCACACAGAGGGAGGAGGAGAGAGCUCUCACACUGCAGACUCUCCGUGAGACCCAGGACCACCUCCAGAGGGAGCAGGAGGACAGCACAGCCCUGCGCUCAGAGGUCCAGGAGCUACAGAGGGAUAGAGACCGGCUGAGGACAGAGAAGGAGGAAGAGGAGAGGAGGAGACGGACUCUGGAAGAGCAGGUUCAGCAGAGGGUAGAACAGGAGCUCCUGGAGAAGGUGCAGCUGACAGAGAGGGAGAGCCAACAGAGCCAGGAGAUCCACAGUCUCACGGCGGCACUGGAGCAGGAGCAGCUGGACAGACACAGGGCAGAAGAAGAGGCUGAAGACGCGCGAGAUGCUCUGACAAAGAGCAGGGAGGUGGAACUGCGUCUGUCCUCCUCAGAGACACUUCUGAAGAGACAGCUGGAUGAGACACAGGAUGCUCUAGACACAAUGUCCGCCCUCAACUCCGCCCUGGCUACAGACAAGAGGGACCUGCACCUGCAGCUCAGCCAGAUUGAGGCGGAGCUGUCCCACAGCCAAUCAGAGCAGCAGGCUCAGAGGUCAGAGGUCAACGCUCUGCAGAGAGAGCUGAAAGCUGUAGAAGAGCAACGUGAUGAGUUCAGGUGUGAGUGGGAGGCUGGGGUGGAGCUCUUGGCCCAGCUUCGAGCACAGCAGGCUGAUCUAGAGCUAAGGCUGGAGCAGAGGAAGCAGAGCCUGGAAGAGAAACAGCAGGAGGAGCAGACGAGGAGCCUGAGAGAGCAGCAGGAGGAGCAGCAGGAGGAGCAGCAGGAGGAGCAGCAGGAGGAGCAGAGGAGUCAGCACGAGCGAUGGGAGCAGCUGACAUCCCAGACUGCCAUGCUGCAGAAGGAGCUGCAGGAGGCUCAGGAGCUGCUCCGCCUGAGGGGAGAGGAGCUGAGGAGCACCCAGCACUCUCUCGAGGUGAACCUCCAAGAGACCAAGAGGAUCCAAGAGAAGCAGGACUGUGAGAGGAGGCAGAACCAGCACCUGCACCAGGAGCUGCUCCAGCUCAGGUCUCUGUGUGUGUCUCUGAGGCAGCAGCUGAGCCAGGCACACAAGGACCUGCUGGAGGCCCAGGGGGAGUACUCUCAACUCCAGAUCCAUCUCCAGAGCCUACAGGAGACCAAGAGCUCAUUGCAGGGAGAAAUUGUGUGUUUGAAGGCAGAGCUGGGGAGGUCUGAUCAAGAACACAGGAACAAUGUAGAGGCAAAGGAGGAAACGCUCAGGCAGCAGGCUGAGGACAGGAGACAAGAGACCCAAGUGUUUCAGAAGAGGCUGGAGGAGCUGAACCUGGAGCUGGGCAUCAGAGAUGGAGAGGUGGAGGUGCUGAGGAGCCGCCUGGAUGUUCUCGAGAUGGAGAAACAAGUCACGGACACACAUCUUAAGAGUGUGCGAGAGAAGCUACAGGAGACUCACCACUGUCUGGACCAAAGCAGAUAUGAACUGACUGGAGCGCGCCAACGCAUACGGACCUUAGAGCAGAAAUGUGCUGAAGACCAGGAGGCACAGCGGGUCAGGGAGGAGGAGGAGAGGCAGAUGUUCCAGAGAAUUACCAGAAUGGAGCAAGAAGGAGAGGAAAACAAAGAACAAUGUCAAAAACUGCUAAGUCAGAUACAAAUGUUAGAAAAAGUCAAUGAGGACAAAGUAUUAGAACUGCAGAGGUUGCAGAGAGAGCGUGCUAAAAUGGAAGAACAUUUAGAUGAUGCAUUCGAAAGGAUCAAAACAAUUGAAGAGGACAAAGCUGAACGGGAAAACAAACUUUGUGAAAAUAUAAGAAACCUGGAGGAGCUACAGCGAGAACGAGACCUGGAGCUUGAGCAAUUUCUGGAUCGGAUGGAAAUGCUUGAAAAGCAAAACCAGGACAAGGCUGAAGAAAUUGAGAGGUUAUCCACGGAACACAAUUGUCUGGAGGAGAGGGUCACAGCAACAUCUGAUCUACUGCAGAAGGUACGAGAAGAACACCGCAAGGAGCGAGAAGCAGCCCGGACUUGUCAAGCUGAGGAGGAGAGGCGACAAAAGGAGAAGAGAGAGGAAGAGAUGAGAAGCCAUGAAGAUCAGCUUAAGCAACUUUUGGAGCAAGUCGAGAGUUUAAAAGAACUGAACAAGCAGCGAGAACAUGAUCUGGACCAGCUACAGAAGGAACGGAACCAAAGGGAAGAGCAAAUGAAGACUGUGGAACAAGUGCGACGAGAGGAGGUACAAAAACUCAUGGAAAUGGUUAACCAGCUGCAAUCAGAACUGGACUCAGUCAGACACCAAAAUGAGAUACUGGAGGAAGGCAAACGCAAGGAACAUGAGGCCGCAGAGGAGACCAGGAUGAAGCUUCAAGAACAGAUACGACAUGAGCAGAAGCUGGUGGAGAAAUUAGAAGAAGUCAACCUGAGAAUGAAGACAUUACAGAGUGAACGGGAUGGCAUGGAGGAGAAGAUGGAAAAGAUGAUGAAGGAACGAGAGGAAGAGUCAGACAAGAGGGUUCAGUGGUUAGAAGAGGAGCGAGCGCACAGAGAGAGAGAGCUGGAGAUGCUGAGGGUGGAUCUGAGCGUUGCAGAGGAGCAGAAGGAACAGGUGGAAAAGGAAGUGAAGCGUCUGGAGAAUAGCCUGGAACGUCAAAUGAGCGCCGCCCAGGAGCACGAACAGCAUGCAGAGCUUCACAGGGCAGAGUCAGCCAGGCGGGCAGAGCUGCUGCAGAGGGAGGAGCUGCAGAGACGGGACCUUGUGAUGUCCAUCGCAAAGAUGGAGGAGAAGGAGAAGCAUUUGCUGACACGCCUGAGGGACGCGGAGGAGAAUAGUGAUGACAUGAGCGCAGAUUUAGCAGAGCGCUCUAAGCAGCUCCUGGAAAGCAAAUCAGAGCUGAAGACUGCCUUAGACCAGCAACAUCACAUGUCCCAAAGACUCAAAGAACUUGAGGAGGUGUGCACAAGGUUGAAGGAGGAGGCCAAGGAUGCAGCGGAAUACAUGGAGCAGAGGGCGGAGGAGAACAAUCUGCUCCGAUCCAAAGUGAGAGAGCUGAGCCAAGAGAUCACAGAGGUCAGGGAGCAGUGGGAGGAGGAGCAGAGACAACACCAGCUCAGACAAGGAGACCAGGAGAAGAGGUGCAGGAGACUGGAGGAGCAGCUGGAGCAGAGGAGCCAGCAGAGGAACCAGGAGGAACGUCUGAAAGACGAGGAGCGUGAGGUGGAAGAGGAGCAGAUGGAACGGGAGAGGAUGACCUCUCAGCUGAAGGAGAUCAGGGAGCAGAUGGAGAAGGAAAAGGAGGCACGAAGGACACUCAAUGAGGAAGCCAGAGAUCUAAACAGGAAGCUGGAGGAAGCGCAACAGAACAUAAGCACUCUGAAACUGGAAGUGGACCAGGGAGUGAGGAGGAGAGAGGGGGCGGAACAGGAAGUGAAACGGCUGAAACGCAAACUUGAGUUUCAGGAAUCAGAGCUGCAGCAGAUACAGAGGCUGAAGAUGGGACUGCACACAAGCCUGGAGGAGAUCUCUGAGCUCAAACAGCUGUUGCAGGAGAGCCAUGCUCAAGGGGAACGCCUCAAGAGCGCCCUCAGCCAGCGAAGUGAGGAACUGCAGAGACCCAUGUCCCAGAGACUCCCAGAGGAAAGGGGACAGGAGCAAAUGGAUAAGAGACAGGACAAGAGGGACAUGAGACAGAAGGACCAGAGGGACCGGGGAAAUGAGAAAGAGAAGAACAGGAAACCAGAGGACCAGAGGGACAGGGGACAGGAGCAAAAGGGUAAGGGGCAGGACCAGAGGGAUUGGGGACAGGAGGACCAGAGGGACAGGGGAGAGGAGGACCAGAGGGACAGGGGAGAGGAGGACCAGAGGGACAGGGGACAGGAGGACCAGAGGGAUUGGGGACAGGAGGAGCAGAGGGACAGGGGACAGGAGCAAAAGGGUAAGGGGCAGGACCAGAGGGACAGGGGACAGGAGGAGCAGAGGGACAGGGGACAGGAGGAGCAGAGGGACAGGGGACAGGAGGAGCAGAGGGACAGGGGACAGGAGGACCAGAGGGACAGGGGACAGGAGGACCAGAGGGACAGGGGACAGGAGAAGCAGAUGGACAGGGGACAGGAGGACCAGAGGGACAGGGGACAGGAGGACCAGAGGGACAGGGGACAGGAGGAGCUGAGGGCCCAGGUCCACGCUCUGCUGAUCCAGAGGACAGAGCUUGUGGAGAGGGUGGAGGAGCUGAGAGAGUCCCGGGACCAGGAGGCGGUGUUGGGGAGGGCCCGAGUGGAGCAGCUACAGGCAGAGGUGGAGACACUCAGGGGCCCACAGGGACAGGGGCCUGAGCAGGGCUCAGCGGAGAGACUGGUUACCCUGCAGCGGGUGGUGGCUGAACUGGAGCUGGAGCAGAGACGCCUGGUCCAGAAGAUCUCCCAUCUACAGAAGAACAGCCAGAGACUGAGGGAGGAGAGGAAUGCGCUGAGAGAGGCUGUGAGACAGGUGGGACAGGUGGGACAAAUGGGACAAAUGGGACAGAUGAGACAGGUGGAUCUGCGGUGGUCCCAGACGCAGCAGACACAGCAGGGACAGCUCAUGUUGGCCCCACCCACAGAGGAGGAGCGGCUCAGGGGCCAGGUCAGAACACUGGAGGAGCAGAAGGCCCACUUCAUCGAGGCUUUGUCCAGGAACACACAGCAGCUGCAGUCCUUACACGGAGAUCUGAGUGCGUCUCUGAGCAUAGUGUCCCACCACACCACGCCCACUGUCCUCCAGCUGGAGACACAGCGACUGGACCAGAGCCUCAGGGAAGAGGAGCACCACAUGUCUUUGAGCCAAUUGUGACGUGUCAAACCAAAGAGGGAGCCCAAAGAGGUCAUGUAAUAUUCUGUCUGACCUUUCUCAGGUGCAGCUAAAAAAAAACCCUGCUAUUUAAGCCAUUUUAUUUAUAAUUUACAUUUUUUGAAGACUUUUGACCGCUACUGUUUUUUGUUACUGUUACUCAUUUUGCACUUUUCCAAUAAAGUGUCUGAGGUGUCUCAGAUCAUCUCUGUUUAAAAA